AAAACAUCAAAAUCUUGUUUCAGUUUGGUUGAGGUAGCAUCAGGCGGGCCAUAAUGAAUUACCCAACGGGUCGGAUUUGGCCCGCGGGCAGUAAUUUGCCCAUGUCUGGUUUCUACCAACGCUCCAUUCUAUUAUGGGUUAGAGUUAAAUAACGAUUGAGUUUAAAAGUCUCUCUGUGAACGGACGCUCGGAUCGUAGUAUCAUCAAUUUCACGCCAGAAGGUAUUGGAUUACAGGAUGUUACUGAAUUCAAGUGCCAAUGUCAAAUAUCAAUAUGGCAGCGAAAACAAAGAUCUUUUUAAGAAAGAGGCAGGCAAUUUUUUUACGUUUGUACCCAUCACCGUAUAGGAUUUGUCAGUUAUUUAAAUCAGGAAACGGAUGGCAAAGUCGACAUAAUUAAUGUUUGUAUUCAAAUUAACACUAUUCUUAUUAUGUGUCGUGUUAAUCUCUCGCAAUCGCAAUACAGACGGCAGCCAAAUUAGCGUCUCUUCAGUUGCAACUGACAGUCUAAUUCUGAAAAUACAUUCCUCGCAAUAAGCUACUACUUGACAGCGACGCCAGUACACGGCAUCAUAUCAUAAUAUUUAAAAACAUCUCCGGGCGUCUGGAUAGAGCUAUUGUCCCGCAACCCUUUCCAUGCUUCGCAAACAAACUCUUCGAUGAGCGCAUUAAAAAAUCAGGUCACUCCAAAGUCUAGGUGAAUUAAACAUCAGCCUAUUUUGAUAGCUGGUUCAUAGCUACGCAACUUGAGUACAAAUUGGUAUAUUACAGAAAAGGGUUUUAUUUUGUUUCGAUUAGUACCAGUAACAGCGAGGUCUCUCAUGAAAAUCAAAACUGCAAAGUUUUUGCAAUAACUUCCGGUCAAACAACGAUGAUAAAACCGUACCUAGCGCAAGUGUAGCAUAUAGAAUCGUAAUCAACAGUUUAACACGUCGUACGAUUUAUUGCCUAAUAAUAUCUGAAGAGAGAUAUGGUACUCUAUUCAGCAGUAAGUGAGCAUUCAUAUAAUAGAACAGUGUGUUGUCUGAUACGAGGACGAUAACGCAGUGGGUUGUAAUAAACUAGCUUAAAAUAAAUAUAAAGUAGUGAUUGGUAGAAUCAAUGGAUCUUUUGUACAAGGCCCCGCCACUAAUUCAAAAAUGUGAUAUUUUUGAAAAACACCCUGUCACAUUUUUAAAUAUCAAAUUAAUAAUUAUCCAGUUAGGAUAAUUCCCAGCACAAUUUGCAUUCAUACCCAACUAGAUAAUUACUAAUAUUCUUAUUUUGAGCGUUGGUGGGGGCUUUGUACAAAAAAUCCGAAUCAAUAUGCUACAUACCAUUUUCUACUCCUUGUUUCACUUGUAAUUUUAUUAUGAUUGAUCAAGUAUGGGACGUUUCCCUAUAAUUGAAACAAUUACGUUUUUUGCAUCUGCAACAUUCUACACUCUACAUACAAUUGAGAAUGAAUAUAUUUAUCAGAUGGUCUCUGAAUCGCACAAUUUUACAUCGAAUCAUUCCGUGAAAUAUUGCGAAGAAGUUGAUAAUGUCACACAAGUAAGCGACAAUGAACAAGUUAUCGCAGACGGAGCUUCCAAGCAAGUGGUCAAUGUACACGAAGAUAGUUCUGUACACAUCCAAUGCAAUUUCAUCUUUAAUUAUAACAGCUUGGAGCGACAGCAUUGGACGGAAACGAGCAUUGGUCUUCCCUCUUUUGGGUUGUUUGCUUAGCUCGACUAUGCAAGCAUUGAUCAUAUUAUUCAGAUUGCCGCUGCAUUUUGUUGUUAUUAACGCCUUAUCCUACGGCUUAUCUGGUGGUUAUUCGACUAUGAUCGACGUUGGUACUGCUUAUCUCAGCGAUACUGUUCAAACAGAAAAAAGAGGCAGGAGGUAUACUAUUUUGGAAGUUACAUCGUCACUUGGUGGAGGUUUGGCGUUGAUGGGAACUGGAUACUGGAUUAAAUAUCGCGGGUUUGUCCCGUCAUCCUUCCUUCUUGUCGGUUGUAGCAUUGUCGCCCUCAUUUUGCUUCCUUUUCUCAAAACAAAUAAACCAGGGUCGCAUAAGUUGGCCGCAAUCGAGGAAGUCGUCCAAUUAAAGUCUGAAAAACUUUCAGUUGUUGGAGAUGAAACUGAAUGUACAAUUACUGAAGAGAAACUUGACAAAAAUGAAAAUUCAAAACAAAAACCGUCGGGUUGGAUUCAAAUUAAAGAAGUUAAAAGAAUAUAUUCCUCGGAUUAUAGUAAAUGCGAUAUUUGUGAUGAUACUACAGUUAAUGGUAAAUCUCUGAGCGAAUGCGCACACGGAGGAGGAUAUAGGGAAGGACGGGUGUGGAGACUGUGGUUUUAUUUAAUGGCCUUUGUAACUUACAUGUUUGUUAUGAAUGGAAUCGAUAUUUUUCAAACGAUGUAUUUUGUCUCCAGCCCUAUAUGUUUUACUCCUGAACUUGUUGGAGUACAAAACGGCAUAGACGCAUGCACCAUUAUAUUCUCUCCUUUCAUCGUCAUUUUUUAUGAGUCAAUUCUACAUAUGAAUAGUCAGACCAUGUUAUUAACUUCAAUAACCGGGCGGCUUUUAACUUCACUGCUGAUGUUUUUUGCAAAUGGUGCUACAUUAGUCUUCGUAGCCACAAGUAUUGGCGUUUUCAGCAGUAUAACUACUCCAUACAUCCGAUUGAGAAUCUCUAGUCUUGUGUCUACCUCUGAGCAAGGUCCUGCUCUCGCAUUAGUAUCUUUUGCAACAGAAAUCAUCAACGCAUCUUCUGUAGUAUUUUUGGUGAUUUAUCCAUCGACUUUAUACAUUUCUCAUGGAUUUACUUGGCUGGUGACCGCUUCUAUUUUAUGUUGUCCUCUCACGUUAAUGAUAAUCGUUUGGAUUACAAACAAGUAUGGAAAGAAUGCACCAACUUGAUCUACUACUAUUCUUGAAGUCGACACGUAAAGUUAUUUGAAUACUGUCAUAGUAAAAGGUAGUUAGUUGGCAAUACAUUUUCUCAUUCGCCCACGGAAACUCGCCUAACACAACUCAAUCUUUUAUUUUAUAUGCCAUUUCAUUUUGCCGAGGAAUUGGAUAAUGAAGAAUUUUUUAAAGUUAUAAAUAUUUAUUCACAAUUAGUCCAUCAGUGACAGAAUUGUGGUUUAUUAUCCUCAUGAUCAUUCAUAUUUUUUGUAUACAAAUAAGCGACUAGUAGAAAUAACUAUCAGUAGCGUGAACAAACUUAUCCACCACCAUCGUCAAUCCCAGCAAGUCAAUGAUACUAAGUACACUCAAUGCAAGUACGUCGAAUUCAUUGUAUCUCAUUAUAUACCGAUGCAUAUUGAAGUGAAAUAAAGUUUGCUUUUUGUCUAUGUUUGCAAAUGUCAGACAUUAUUUGCACAAUACACCGUUACUAGGAUGGAUUCAUGUAUAAAGCGUUUAGCUAUAUGGAAGGAAGCUCAUAAGCAAAAUUAAAUUUGCCAAUAUCAAUAGUAAUCUUUGUGUGUUCGGGAUUGUUAAUUUUGGAUGUAUAGUUCAGUAUAAUAAGUUGUUUUGAAGUAUUUUGAUGAAUAUUUGAUGAUAUCGUAGUAGUAUUGCGCAGAUGCAAAGUUCGAUUUUAUUCUGAACUAAAGAGCCAUAUAGCUAUACGAGGUAUCGUCGCUCACCAAAGCAAAAUAGCCUUUCUUAUUUAGACUUUGUUUUAAAUAAAUACAUUAAGCCUGACACCUCG